UUUGGUUCUUGGCUGAUCUGGAACAGGAUCUCACUUUCACGCUGUAGAACUGUCAAUAGCGGCUUCUCCAGUCAGAAAUGAGUCACAUUGCGUGUGCACAUUUGCAGGCGGUGGUCGAGCUCCUCGAACACGGGGCUGACCCCAACCUGCCGUUGAGCAGAGCGGUGGGAAGUGCCCUGUGUGCGGCCGUGAGCACAGCGUACGAACAGCAGAGAACAGCAGCGCAGAGGAUCGCCUUGGUUGAUAAACUGCUUGAAGCUGGCGCCAAUAUCCUUGCACCGGUUCCUCUUCGGGAAGGACAGACCAAAGCUGUGGGAACAGCUGUUGACUAUGCCUAUUUUAAAUAUUAUCAGGAUACGAGAAUUGCUCACACACCGUACCACGUACUGUCAGCAUCUGAGCAGGAGGUUCUUCAAACACGCCGAUCGCUGCUGGAACACAUUACAGUGAAGCUCCGUGAGUGUGUCAUCCUGAAAGAGAAAGAGUGGGAUCAAGAAAAGUUGAGAAGAUCCAAGAAAUUGGAUUCAGCUGUUCACACACGUGUUUCAAAGAAGAAAGGAGGCAGCCUUUGUGUGGAAGAAGUGAGACUACCAUUCUUCAAGUACUGCUACCAGUGUGGCCGCUCGGUCGGUGUUCAGCUGUUGCCGUGCACGCGUUGUCACGAAGUCUUCACCUGCAGUGAGACCUGCAGAAGGAACGCCUGGAGCCAGCGGCACAGGCAGGAGUGCUCGGGGUCGCUGGAGAAGCGUACAAGUCAAGCAGCUCCGGACGCGAGCAGGGCAGGAUUGAAAAAGAAUGUCACUGGCAAAAAGGGGGAAAAGGGAAGAGAAGGAAAAGAGGACAGAAGAGGUGGAACAAAGAGUAAAGCUGGUACUGGAGGAAGAGAGCGGCACAGGAAGAACAACUGACUUGUUUCAUGUUGCUCCUGCUGUUGUGAGGACAGGUUUUAAUACCGCUGCACUUUGUGUGUUGUACUCCACUUCUACUGAAGUUAAGUGAUCUGAUGUGUUUUGAGAAACUAAACCCAAAGCAUCUCCCUAAGAUACCAUGUGGCUCGAGGAUGAAAAUGCCAUCAAAAAGCAGUGUGUGCUACGUAUUUAAGUAAAUGUCUUCAGUUAGAAGUACAGUGAACCUCAGAUUGAUUUUAAUUGUAUAAUGCUACAUAUAUGUUUUAAAAAGCAAUAUUGCCCAUUAUUAAACUUCAUUACGACUAUUCCCUCCUGUGGGAAACACAGGGCCUGUUUGGCAACUGGACUUGCUCUCUAGGGAGUUAUUUUGCUUCAUGGGGGGCUCAGAUCUGGGAUCCUGGGGAGAGUUUGCUGAGGACUGUUCAACCCUUAGACUGUUACCCCUUGAUUUAGCCCACAUGGGCACUGACAAUCCUGCCAGGAAAGUCUCCGAGCAUAUAAAAUGUGACCAUGUGGCUCUGGGGGUGAGAGUCAAGGUCAAGGGGGCCCAGAUGGUUUUCUCCUUGAUCCAAGUGGAAAGGCUUAAGGAAGAGUGGCUGGGUCUUGAAGUUCAGCACCUUGUUGUGCAGCUGUGUCACUGACCAUGGUUUGACUUUAAAACCGCAGGACCACACAGGGGGUCAAGGACCGGUGGGGAGGGGUGGAAUCCAUCUGACAAAGUCACCAGCUGGCCAGCUUGAGGAGACUAAGAAUAAUAGGAGGGAAAUGAUGGCCCACAUUCACGUGAGAAAGUGGUGGACUGGCCUGGUAAGCAAAGGUGUAGAUUGAUGCGGUUGAGAGUCCUCCAGGUGAACAGAGCGAGCGGAAUGGGGCCCACCUGUCAGCGACGUGCUGAGAGGACACCGGGGGUAGCUCGUCUUGAGAAACCAGCGCGACUGUUACACCCCGUGGAACCCCCGCCCACAGCAAAAGCCACACGCUCCCCCAGCGGGACGGGGCAGGAUCGGGAAACUAAAGGCAACCUGGGCUGAGGUAAGAACAGUUCAAUGGAACAGCGGAAAAAGAAACAAAGCAAACCAAACCAAACCCACCAAACAAAAAACCCCACCACAGUAACAACAACAAUGAUGAAAGAAUAGACAAAGCAAUGGAUAUACAGCACAACCUCUUGAAGAGAAGCUGCCAAAUUCAUGUAUACUAUGAUUAAAAAACGUACCCAUCAUUAACCAAUUGAUACGAGAUCAAUGCUUUCUGACCACC